AUGAAUUCUCCCGCCGAUCAAGUACUCAUCGACCGUACGAAGGAUCGUGCACCAUCAGCCAUGGAGGUCGACGAUGAGCAAAAUCCUAUACAGGAGCAAGAACAAGAACGAGAUGCGUUUCUUCAAUUCAUCGAUUACUCCAAGUCGAUGUUAUCACCAGACGAAGACGAAAACGAAGAAAAUUCGAGCGGGCCAGGUUAG